CAUCAUAGAGAUGAUAUAAACUAGCAUCUGAUUUGUUUGUUUUAACCAAUGCACCUGGUGUGUUUCCAUAGAUCUGAUUGGUCAGCACAUGCGGCGUGGGCGGGGCCGAAGGAGGAGCAGGUUACCUGACUUCGCAGAAGAUCUCCAGGGGAACGACUACGAGGCUCUCCUGGAGUUCGAAGAGCGGCAGGGCGCCGUUGUGUCAAAGAAAAUGAGUCGCAGGGAAAUCCAGAGGUUUCCAACCAAAAACUUCUGCUCUGCGACCAACAGCGGGAACACCCAGUGUCAGAUAUGUUUCUGCGAAUACGCUGACAAGGACAAGCUGAGGAUGCUGCCCUGUUUCCAUGACUACCACGUCCAAUGCAUCGACAGGUGGUUAAAGGACAACUCCACCUGUCCUAUCUGCAGGGCCAACCUGGCUGAUGGAGACUCUCUAGCGCCCCCUACGCUGUGACCCGAAACUCCUCCCCGUUUUCUAAAGAAUAACUGAUCCAUUAUUUUUAGACUGUUAUUCCCUUUGUAUUUUUUUUUAUAUAUAUUAAACUCUGCAGGGUCAGUUGAAGCUGCUGUUGUUUGAUCUGUUCUUAAAUAAAAAUGUUUCUAUUUUC